UAGUUGCUGUCGGUGGUGGAUGUUACAGUUUCCAACCAAGAUGACUGCCUGUUCUACUUUCCAGAGGACAACUUCAGCAUCAAGACUUCAAGAAUUCAAACUACCCGUCUGGGUUCUGAUGCCGUGAUUAAAAGAUUUGACGGACAAGGCUUUUGGUGCAAUCAUGGAGAGUCCCAUGGAAACGGGCAAUGGCUUUUUAACAAUUCGUAACUGAUGGAAACUCAUGGGCUUACCAAACUCUAUUUAUUUGGAAAUGCAACCUUGACAGACUCAUUAAAGAGCAAAACUUGUGACUCUUCAUUUUUAUUGACUCUCUUUGGUCACCUCACCACUCCAGAGAAACUACCUCAGAUCAUGCAUAUGAUCACACCUUUCUUGAUGACAUUGUCUUAUGGAGUUCGAGGGAAUCCUCAACUCUAUGAUAUCCUGAGAAGAUUAAUUCGAUGAUGACGAAGGAUUGGGAGCAUGUGUGAUGAUCUCAGGCUUCCUCUGUGAACUCUGGUGCCCCUUAUCUCUUGGGAAGCCUGACUGAGACAGAAACAGAUAGAGGUCAAUAGCCUGUAUUGGAUCUUCUGUAUGAUAGCAUGAGACAACAUACUGCAGCAAGCCAGUGGACAUCUAGGUUCUCCUAGAGUUGUCCUGGCACCCCACAAGAAUUUAAAAAAGUGUGUGGGGGCAGGGGAGGGUUUAAAUGGUGUUAAUAACUGAAGAACAAGGUGACGGUUCAAAGGUUCGGGAGAAUGGAGUUACUGGAGGCAUGGGACUGGGUGAGAUACCGUAUAGGACUAGUACAGUGGCUAUGGAUACACCUGUCAUGUCCAUCACAAGUUUUGACAAAGAUGGGGAUGAGUGUGAGGAGUCGGGAGAGGACAAUAAUGAGGAGAUUGAAGUUGAUUAUAGGCACAACUAUUGGGAGGACGAGGACGAAGUCUAUCAGGAGUUCGAGGAGUUGGACUUCGACUCCCUGCCGGAUCACCCAGACACGCACAGCAUUGCCUCGGACGAUUCUUUCUAUCCCCCAGACAAUUCUGUUGUGCCUGACUUGUACCGCCCGCCGAGCCCCGACAGCCCUGAGCCCAUUUCCUUCUUUAAAGCCUGCUGCAACAACAACGCCAUCAUUGUCAAGAUUAUGAUCAGACAAGGAGUGACUGAAGAGGAAGUGAAAGAGACGGAUCGAAACAGAAGAUCUGGUCUGAUUGUGGCGUGCUACCAUGGCUACGUGGACGUGGUCAUUGCCCUUUCUCAUUGCCCAUAUGUUGAUGUUAACUGGCAGGACAACGAGGGCAACACCGCUCUCAUCACUGCAGCACAAGCAGGUCAUGUGUAUAUCUCAAACUUCCUGCUCAACUACUUCCCUGGGAUGGACAUCGAGAGGAGGAAUUGUCAUGGCUUCACAGCUCUGAUGAAGGCUGCCAUGCAGGGCCGGGCUGAGUGUGUCAGGGCUCUCAUGCUGUCUGGAGGUGAUAUUCAGGCACGGGACAGCAGCCGCAGUAUGACACCCAGGGAGUGGGCUCUCUUCACUGGUCGAUAUGAGACGGCUGAUCUGAUGCUUCGGCUGAUGUCAAAGCCCUGUGCUGAGCAGUUUUGUGACUCCUUUUCCCUGGAGUGGCCCAUGUUGGAGGAGCUGGUGGCCAAGGCCCAAGAGCCAAAGUCUUGCUGGAGGCGUUUGAUCAACUACCUUUCCUGCUGCCCUUAUGGGCUUUACAACAACAAGGUAAACCCUGUGGAUGAUGGCGUUCUUGACCACAUGGUACGGGUCACCACCAGCAUCUGCAAUCCAGUCAUUGCCACAGCUUGCCGCACGGUGUGUCCAGGCAGCCCACCGUGCAUUGGAAAGCGUCGUCAGGCCGUGCAGGAGAUCCUAAGGAGGCAAAGGAUAUCUGAGCUGAAGCGUCUGGGCCCGGACAGAUUGAACAACUACAAGAGAUUUUUCCAGAACUCGCGGGUCCUCCUGAUCCCCAAGGCAAGGGACCGGAGAGCCAGCCUGCAGCCUCAGCUGCUGAACAACGUGGCUGCAGUGGCCAUUAGACGAGCAAGCCUCCUGCCUCUGAAUAUGCUGAGGAGAAGCAGCGUGCGGCCAGGCAUGGUGGUGCCCAAAGUGAGGCUUUGCAAAGCCCCAGCUCCGAGCUUCAUACCAGAAAAACUAAGACGGAGCAGAAACCGUAACCAGCUCCAGAUCCCCAAGUGGGACUACAAGAUGAAGAGAAUAGAGAAGAGGCAGGAGGAGGAGAGGCGACGAUUGUUACCUCUGAUAAGGAGGAGAUGAGGGGAUAGGGGAGUACUACUAUAUGUUCACUUUAUCUCAGAAAGCAGGACAAGCCUUGACCAUGCACAGUGUUGUAGUCCCAGAUAAAUUAACCGGAAGAACUGACUCUGUUAAUGUAAAUAUUUUUCAUUGUGUUUGCUGAGAUUGCCGACAUUGUUGGAUUUGUUGCCUUGUUUCUACUUGAGUUCACAUGAUUCCUUUGUGAGGCAUAUUUUGGGGUGCAAUGUAGGAGAGUUCAGCAAAAAAAAGUCAAUGUAGUAGCUAUAUUGGUUAUUCCUGCUAGGAUGCUGACAACAUACACAUUUCCAUGUCGACAGCUUAUAUUUAUGGUAAAUUCAGUGACACAUGGCAAAAGAACAAAAGAAGAUUAUGUGUAAGGGUUUUAGUAUGCUUCAAUGCUUGUGAAGGUUCCCAGUUCAGAAUAUUCCCUUCUGGACAGUAAAAAAAAAGAGGCAGAAAUAGGAAAGAUUCAGUAAGGGUAACAGGGAGACAACAGAAGCUAAGGAGCAGCCGAGAUUACUCAAAGGAAAAGAGUUAAGAGAGAGAAAAACAAAAAACUGCAGCAGGAUGAGAGGCCAUGCUGACUUGGAAAGAACAAGUACAGGAUACAUGAUUCAGGACACAAAAGUAUGGAAGCUUAAA